UUCAUCCAUCUGAGUGUUCAGGAGUUUCUGGCUGCUCUUCAUGUCCAUCUGACCUUCAUCAACUCUGGACUCAAUCUACUGGAAGAAGAACAAACAACCUCCAAGAAGUCUAAUUUCUUUGGGAAAAAAAGAAAUUUUAAAUCUUUCUACCGGAGUGCUGUGGACAAGGCCUUACAGAGCCCAUAUGGACAGCUGGACUUGUUCCUCCGCUUCCUCCUGGGUCUUUGUCUUCAGACCAAUCAGACUCUCCUACGGGGCCUGCUGACAAAGACAAGAGGUAACUCACAGACCAAUCAGGAAACAGUCCAGUACAUCAAGAAGAAGCUCAGCGAGAACCUGAGUGCAGAUAAGAGCAUCAAUUUGUUCCACUGUCUGAAUGAACUUAAUGAUCGUUCUCUAGUGGAGGAGAUCCAACAGUCCCUUAGUUCAGUAAGUCUCUCCACAGAUGAACUGUCUCCUGCUCAGUGGUCAGCUCUGGUCUUCAUCUUACUGUCAGAGAAAGAUCUGGAUGUGUUUGACCUGAAGAAAUACUCUGCUUCAGAGGAGGCUCUUCUGAGGCUGCUGCCAGUGGUCAAAGCCUCCAACAAAGCUCUGCUCAGUGAAUGUUUCCUCUCAGAGAGAAGCUGUGAAGCUCUGUCCUCAGUCCUCAGCUCCCAGUCGUCUAGUUUGAGAGAGCUGGAUGCAAGCAACAACAACCUGCAGGAUUCGGGGGUGAAGCUUCUGUCUGUUGGACUGCAGAUGCUGGACCUGAAUUACAACAACCUCCAGGAUUCAGGAGUGAAACUUCUGUCAGCUGCACUGACAAAUCCAAGUUGUAUGCUGCAAACUCUGAGACUGAGUGUUUGUAACCUCUCAGAGAGAAGCUGUGAAGCUCUGUCCUUAGUCCUCAGCUCCCAGUCGUCUAGUUUGAGAAAGCUGGAUGCAAGCAACAACAACCUGCAGGAUUCAGGAGUGAAGCUUCUUUCUGUUGGACUGCAGAGUCCACAUUGUACACUGGAAACUUUGAGACUGAUUGGCUGUAACCUCACAAAGAAAAGCUGUGAAAGUCUGUCUUCAAUUCUUAGCUCCCGGCCCUGCAGUCUAAGAGUGCUGGAUCUGAGUUAUAACAACCUGCAUGACUCAGGAGUGAAGAUUCUGUCUGCUGGAGUGAGAAGUCCAUACUGUAAACUAGAAAAUCUCAGUCUGUCAGGCUGCCUGAUCACAGAAGAAGGCUGUACUUCUCUGGCCACAGCUCUGCGAUCCAACCCCUCCUAUCUGAGAGAGCUGGACCUGAGCUACAAUCAUCCAGGACACUCGGGAAUGAAGCUGUUGUCAGCUGGACUGAAGGAUCCACGCUUGAGACUGGACAUUCUUAGGUAUGGAGAGAAUGUCUGAUAGAGGUGGAAGAGCUGGAAACAUUUCCUGUGUCCUUCACUCUUUGUUUGUUUUUAUAUGGAUGUGACAUGAAUAAUAACACUAAAGAAAUAUUUUCAGGAACAGAAACACUAAUCUAUCUGAAUGAUUAAGAUAUUAAUGUAAGGGAGUUUACAAGGAGACAUUUUUCACAGGAUAACUGUCUUUUGCUCUUCACAUAUUCACAAUUUGCAUCGACAUCUGCAUGUUUAAUAGUUCAGUCAUUUUAAAGAAAAAUGAUCUUCUGUUCGACCUGAUUCAAAUUAGAUUAAUUAAUUAAUUAGAUUAAUCUCUCUACAGAAACAUGCCUCUGACAAGAUCAGCCUAACUUCAUAAAAAGACUGGAAGCAGGGCAAUUUGUUUACCUAGCUUGACCAAAAGUUGAAAAAUUAAUCAUUUGUAAAUUGUUAAUAAAGCUAACUCUAGUAGAACCUAACAAGAACAGCAU